AUGAUCGAAUGGAAUCGCAAUCACAAAUUCAACGUACUACUGUUCGGUAUGGCUAUAACCGUACCACCACCAUCGACUGAACGAUACGAAUUCACUCCCGUAGCAUCCAUAGUCGCAUUUGCUUUUAUUGGGAUAUUCUUUCUAAUUGCGCUGAUUGGCCGCUGUCUGGCUCUGAAUCGAACAUCAAUUGCAAAUAGUCAAGGUUUAGAUCUGAUGAUUUAUAGAGCACCACCAAAGACUUCGAUCUCUCAACAGAAACUCCGUUCCUUGCUGGAAGUACAAGAUGCAUCAGAUAAUGUUUUAUUAACGCCCGCUCCAAUUCAUCGUGGACCAAAGAAUCUUUGA